AUGCCUCCCUCGACCAGGCCACUGUGGCUUCUCUUGCCCACGGAGUCAGCGGGCUGGACCCAACCAUUGUUGGCUCCGACGCCUCCGAAUGGCCGGGCGCCUUUCGCGUGCAAGUACCGCGUCCUGGUUGAUAUUGUGAGCCUCGCGGAUGCCCCUAGUGCUCAGAGGGCCAUGAAGUUGUACCUGGACAGGUUUGAGACGGACAUUGCCGUUGUGACCAAGAAGCUUGACCAGAAGAUUGGCCAGGUCGCAGUGCAGACGGAGGGUAGCGUCUUUUGGGUCAGGGAUGCCAUGUGGGUUAGGGUGGUGGGUGUGCCGUUGCUGAAAGGUAAACGAGUUCUGUCUAGCGCAGGGAAGAGCUUUUCAUACGGCGGUUCUGGCAGCGGUAAUCCAACCAGUACUCCCCAGACCACCGUCCCCUCCACUCGUGCAGGCUUCUCGUACUCCGGCGGCAGCUCCAACCCGUCGCAAACCUCGAAUCCUCUCGCCGGUAGAGAAACCCCCAGCACCAGCCGUCCAGUCCCUAUCCUCCCCACCCUCGUCGAGCUCGCAACCAAGCUCGACGUCCACCUCCAAAAAUAUGCCGUCCAGCCACUCGAGCAGCGCAAGCCCAAUCUCGCCUUGGCGGGCGACUCCAAAUCGCUCAAGAUCCCGUGGGGGAAAACCAUGGCCGUUAAAUUGGCAGACGCGAGCGGCACGCACGCACUCAAGCCGGCAUACCCGGCCGACGGGACCGUCGCGUCGCCGACGCAGAACGGGUCGGCGAGCGGGGAGUACACCAUCAUGGGCAAGAUGCCUGGGCUGACAACGGUGAGCUUGGUGGUUGUCCGCGCCGAUAACUUGGCUGUUGGGACGGUGGACUUGCAAGUUGAGGUUGUGAGGGAAUGAUUUCCAUCCCUCCAUCUAAGCUGUUCAUAUUAAAGGGGCUAUAUUGGGAGUUU